CUGUGCAUGGUAAAUGCCAAAGGAUGGCAUCUGUUAUGUUCUGAUACCCUGAUAAAUUAAUACUAUGUAAUUUGUCUGCAAUCUCUUCUGACCCCUCUGUCCCUUUCACUUCCCUUACACAUUUCUCCAAAUCUAUUGUCUCACCAGUGUACCUCAUCUCAUCCGGAAAUAAUCAGCAUUCUAAAACAACAAAGUCAAUGAAGUAAAUAUAUUUUAAAUGAAUGGAUCUUUAGUAGCUUGCCUUUCAUGAUUCACUCUGGAUAAUGGAAAAAUGGUUACCUUCAGACUGGAGAAUCAGCAGCUUCUCAGCAUGCGUGGGAACAUCUGAGCAUUACCAAUUGAACACUGAGUUUCUGGAGAGGCAUUGUUCUUCAAUCUACAAUGGAUGUCAAAUGAAUUUAUGUUUUGAUGUUAUCAUACAAUAACAACAACCACAUUAGCAGCAGCAGGGACAGUGCAGUAAUAGGGGAAGUAAAAUCUUAAGCAGGAUACAAAGGUCACUAGGCAAGGAUUCACCUCUGAAAGGUUCUACCUUCUAAAAGACAUCAUCAGCUUGGGACCAAGUGUUCAAACACAUGAGCCUAUUUAAGGGAUACUUUACCAUUCACAUUUAGAACAAAACACCUUACCUCCCCAUCCUAUUCUAACCACGAUCUACCUUUCUUUCCAUUCUCUGCACAUUAUUUACAUUUUGAUGAAUAAAAAUUGAUAUAUCAUAAAUAUAUGGGUAGAAAAGGCUGUACUUCUCCUGAAAUCGCCUGAACAUGCCAUAUGACUGCAGACAAAUGGUCAGCCAACACAAAUAUUCAAUAUGAAGAGAUACAACUGGAUCUCUUUAUGUUGUCUUAUGUACAUGUUAGGCUCAUAGUAUAAAAUUCUCACAGAUUCCCUAGGAAAAUCCUGAUGGAAGCUCUACUUAUUUUCUAUUGACUGAAAUUGUGUUGGGCAGGAAAAAUUAAAGGCUAAUCCCAAAGACUCUACAGAAAGAAACACCACAUAGUUCUAGGCACUGGGACACAUCAUUCUUUGGGCCAAUCUCAUUUUAAAAGUCUUCUGAACUCUCAUAAUUUCUAUCCUUACUGUAGAACUUCAUUACUGCUUGUUUCACUACUGUGGGAGUUUCCUAAUGUUUCUUGCUUCAUUGUCUCUGCCUUCAAAGCAAUAAAAUACUUUUCCAAAAUGAUUAAAUUGGCUUCAGGUAGGAAUCUCUUAAGAACUCAAAUGUAGAUGAGCAACUACAUUUAAGGAAUGACUGCUAAGAGAGGGAGAAUAGGGUUAUCUCCUGUAUUAACUGUCUGAUAAUGCUAAGUGAUCCUCCUUAAAUACAUAUACAUAUGCGCAUCACUGAAUGAACCCAACAGGUUGUAUUCCUAUAUAGAUACACAUAUAUUCAAUAAUUAAGGAAGAACUCAUGAUUUAGAAAGAUGGAGUAGGGGGCAAGGAGGAGAUGGAGGAGAAAGAAGUUAGGCCUAAAAUAAUGUAAAUAAUGUAUCCAAUAUUGGAUUCCCAAAUAAAAGAAAUAAGUGUAAAAAUAAAAUAAGAGCAUGUAGCCAAAAAUUAUUGAGCCUUUCACAUUUUGUUUUCUUCUUAUUGACAUUGACUGUAUCCAUCCGCCUUUACAAUUCUGACACCAUUUGCUCCCUUGCACAUAACACAUUGUUUUUCCUGUUCUAACUUUUGAUACAUAGUAUUUCUUACUAAAAAGUUAUUUCAUCUUAUUUAUGUUCCUUAAAUUCAAUCACAUUAUUUAAAUUAUUUGACCCAUUGCUGUCUAUUAGAAUUGAUUUUUGUGUUAAUAAGAUUCUAAAGCAAUUUAUCCAUAAUUCUUUUAAAAUAGUUACCCUAUCUUGAACCUUAUUACUGUUUCUUUCUGUGUUUGGGCUGUGUGUCCUCUUGACAGUGAUUCUAGAACAGCUCUAAUAGAGUAGAAUACAAAUCAUGUAUAUGACUUAACAUUUAUCAUUGUCAAUUAAAAUGAAGCAAAUAUACAAGAAUUAAUGUUAAUAGUUUCAUUUUACCUCAUGUAUCAUGAAAUGUCCUUUGAAGAUGUGACCAAAUGAAAUGGUUAUUCCCAUCUAUUAGUAUACAACACUGAAAAGCAAAUUUUAUUUUGCACUAGUAAUGAAUUCUCUUAGACUAACAACAUUUCACAGCUCAAUAGCCAAUUAUUACUAUUAUCUCAUAUUGGGAAACACACCUUCAAGAUUCUAGUAUAAUAAAUAGAACUAUAAUAAAGAAAACACUGAAUUGCAAUUAGACCCAUUGAAAAAAUGCUGCAUUUGUUAUUUAUUAGAUGAACAUGGCUGAUUCCCUCAGUUUCUCUGGUCCAUAGUUUUUUUUUAUGUGUAUGGAUUUUUUUAAAAGGCUUAGAAUUGAGGAUAUUGCACAAUUUCUGAUUUAGUGUUCAUUUAUGCAAAAAUGAGGGAAUUAUUCAUUUCAACAACUUGGCCAAUACUCAAAACUUGGAACUUAAUAGUUUCUCUGUUACAGUCAUUUAUUGAGCACAGAACACAUAAUUAUUGGUAUAGCAUUGUCUAAUCCCCACAGAGUCUCAUUGGUUCUCUUCCUGUUCUGAAAUGCUGUGACCUGGCCCAACUCAAUGACUUCAUCAUACUUCAGUUUCCCCUUCUCAUUCACACUCUAGUGCCAUUGGCACUUCUGUUGUUAUUAAUAUUUCUUAAUUAUUCUAAAUUCUUUUCAUCUGUAAUCCUUACUUUGUCAUGAUUUCUUUUUUCUGAUAUUGAAAAUGUCUUCUACUUUUCAUCAUUCAAACCACUGGCAAGGUCACAUCCUUAGUGAAGUAGUCCCCAAACAAUGAUAUAGAAUAUAGAAAUAAUAUAGAAAGGCAUCUAUAUUAAAUUCGCUACAUUGUUAAUUUUACUCAUUAUGUUUAUCUAUAUUAUGCUAUUAAUACCUUUAAUACUUUAGUUGUAUUUAUGCACAUGCUUACAUUUUUUUAUACUGAAAGUAACUUCUAGAAUAAGAAACUGCUUUGUUGGUCAUUAUAUCCCUAACAUCCUCAGUCUUUGGCAAAUUGAGGACACUAACCCAUCUCUUGCUGAUUGGAAGGGAAGAUUGUUUCUUAACCUAUACUAUAAUUUUCUUUCAUAAAAUUUGAGGUUUAUUGUGAUAGACAAUGGAGUUUUACUUUUUAUUAAGUAACAUUUCAGGAAGUAUAGAUAUUUGGCUCUCACAAUGGGCUCUACUGCUCUGACCACUGAGCAAGCCUUUGGAUUGAUGGAGGGGAAAUAUAUAUUUCUAUGAUCCAGAGGCAUUUAAAUUUAAUGUCACCCCUUGCAUAAUUCUUAUUUAUUUAUUUAUUCUGAGGCUUUUCUAUAUUCCUCUGAUUUGCACAAAAUCUCAACUUCUCUUUCUCCCUAGUACUGGGAUAGCAGGUGCAUGCCAUCAUACUUUGUAGUUUUUAAAAAUUCAAUUAAAAAAUUGAAAUGACAAAAAACUGUAAGUAGGGAACAAAAAGGCUGAGUUGAUGAUCCCAUUUCUAUUUGUUAUGGGGUAAUACAAAGAUUUAAAGAUGGAAAGUUCUAGAUAUAUUUUAUUUCAGUUCUAAUAUACUGGUGGAGGAUAUAACAAAUAAUAACUAGUACAAAUCAAAUAAUACUUCACCUUGAAAAACAUUAAGUUUAUUCUUCAUGGGAGUUUCUGAAGAUUCUUCAGCUGCUCACAUCAUUGCUGCUAAUCUCUUUCAGAUUAUAGUUUGUACUCUAAAUAUUUAUUCAUGUACAUUUACUUUGCAAAAUGUACCUUUUGCAGCAUAUAAAUAGGUGCUAGAAAGAACACUGACAACUUCAAAGCAAAAUGAAGUUCUUCCUGCUGCUUUCCCUCAUUGGAUUCUGCUGGGCUCAAUAUGACCCACAAACUCAGUAUGGGCGGACUGCUAUUGUCCACCUGUUUGAAUGGCGCUGGGUUGAUAUUGCCAAGGAAUGUGAACGAUACUUAGCUCCUAAAGGAUUUGGAGGGGUGCAGGUCUCUCCACCCAAUGAAAAUAUUGUGGUUUAUAAUCCAUCAAGGCCUUGGUGGGAAAGAUAUCAACCAAUUAGCUACAAAAUAUGUACAAGGUCAGGAAAUGAAGAUGAAUUCAGAGACAUGGUGACGAGGUGCAACAAUGUUGGUGUCCGUAUUUAUGUGGACGCUGUUAUUAAUCACAUGUGUGGCGCAGGUGGUGGCGCAGGAACAAGCAGUACUUGUGGAAGUUACUACAAUGCUAAUAACAGGGAUUUUCCAUCAGUUCCAUACUCUGGUUGGGAUUUUAAUGAUGGUAAAUGUAAUGGAGAAAUUUCUAACUACAAUGACGCUAAUCAGGUCAGAAAUUGUCGUCUGUCUGGACUUCUGGAUCUUGCACUCGAGAAAGAUUACGUUCGUUCCAAGGUGGCUGAAUAUAUGAACCGUCUCAUUGACAUUGGUGUAGCAGGGUUCAGACUUGAUGCUGCUAAGCACAUGUGGCCUGGAGACAUAAAAGCGGUUUUGGACAAACUGCACAACUUAAAUACAAAAUGGUUCUCUCAAGGAAGCAGACCUUUCAUUUUUCAAGAGGUCAUUGAUCUGGGUGGUGAGGCAAUUAAAAGUAGUGAGUACUUUGGAAAUGGUCGUGUGACAGAAUUCAAGUAUGGAGCAAAACUUGGCACAGUUAUCCGAAAGUGGAAUGGAGAGAAGAUGGCUUAUUUAAAGAACUGGGGAGAAGGCUGGGGUUUUGUGCCUUCUGACAGAGCCCUUGUGUUUGUGGACAACCAUGACAACCAGCGAGGACAUGGGGCUGGAGGAGCAUCCAUCCUGACAUUCUGGGAUGCUAGAAUGUAUAAAAUGGCUGUUGGAUUUAUGUUGGCGCAUCCUUAUGGAUUCACACGAGUAAUGUCAAGUUACCGUUGGGCAAGAAACUUCCAGAAUGGAAAAGAUGUGAAUGACUGGAUUGGACCACCUAAUAACAAUGGAGUCACAAAAGAAGUGACCAUUAAUCCCGACACCACUUGUGGCAAUGACUGGGUCUGUGAACAUCGAUGGCGUCAAAUAAGGAACAUGGUUGCCUUCAGAAAUGUAGUCAGUGGCCAGCCUUUCUCAAACUGGUGGGAUAAUGGCAGCAACCAAGUAGCUUUUGGCAGAGGAAACAGAGGAUUCAUUGUCUUUAACAAUGAUGACUGGUCUUUGUCAACAACCUUACAGACUGGUCUUCCUGCUGGCACAUACUGUGAUGUCAUUUCUGGAGACAAGGUUGAUGGCAAUUGCACUGGAAUUAAAGUCAAUGUUGGCAAUGAUGGCAAUGCUCACUUUUCCAUUAGUAACUCUGCUGAAGAUCCGUUUAUUGCAAUCCAUGCUGAAUCAAAAUUGUAAGAGUCAAAUAAAAUAC